AUGGCAGGCUCUCAGCUAAAGCGCCUCAAGGCUUCGCUGAGGGAACAGGGAGUCAUUGGACCCCAGCAAUCCAAAAAACAAAAGCGUCGCAAUGCCGAGGAGCAAAAGGGUCGCAACGACAAGAGGCUGCAGCGCGGCGCUGUCUUAUCCGGCAUCCGUGAGCAGUUCAACCCUUUUGAUCUCAAACAUGCCGCAAGAGGACCGAAAUUUGAAGUCACCAGUAAUUUACCUAAAAGCCUCAGUGCUGCCAAGGGCAUCCAGGGUCGUCCUGGUGCUGCCAAAGCUGCCAGCGAAGAGCGGCGUCGCGAAACUCUCUUAGUGGAUAUGCAACGUCGCAAUAAAGUUGGAGGCAUCUUGGACAAGCGAUUCGGAGAGAACGAUCCGGCCAUGGCCCCGGAAGACAAGAUGCUAGAGCGUUUCGCCCGCGAAAAGCAGCGCGCUCAUAAGAGAACAUCCAUGUUCGACCUCGAAGACGAGGGCCCAAUCGACGGCCUCACACAUGGUGGAAAAUCAAUCUCUUUUGACGACGAUGACGAUGCACUGGUCGACGACUUUGAAGAGGAAGACCUCGACGCUGAAGAUAGCGACGGCUCUGUUCGCGAGCGACAACGUCUAAAGCGACUUCGGGGAUUAGCGGGCGAGGAUAACAGCGAUACCAGCGACAAGGAACCCGAUCGCAAAAAGUCCAAAAAGGAGGUCAUGGAGGAGAUUAUCGCCAAGUCCAAACUACACAAGUAUGAACGUCAGGCUGCGAAAGAAGGCGACGAUGAGAUGCGGGCCAAAAUCGAUAAAGAACUCCCCAACCUCCAGAUGCUGCUAUCGUCAGCAAAAGCCAGGCGUCCAGAAGAAGGCGCAGAAGCCGCCAAGAUUGCUGGCGUGGAUCGUGGAGAAUUCGACAGAAACUUUGACAUUCAAGUGAAGCGCCUGGCGCAGGAUCGUCGCGCACAGCCACAGGACCGCACGAAGACGGAGGAAGAGAAGCUAGAGGAGGAGUCGGAGCGCUUACGUGAAAUGGAAGCGAAACGUCAAAAGCGUAUGCUUGGAGAAGAAGUCUCUGAUAGUAACGAGAGCGAGGACGACACGCGCAAAAUUGCGACCGCUGAAGAGGAAGACAUGGACGAUGAUGACGACUUUGGUCUUGGUGAUGGUAUUCGCACGCGCACAACAGUAGCCGACAGGGGACUUGACGAUGAAGACGACUUUAUCAUUGACGAGGACCUUGUUGCAAGUGGCUCGGACCUGGAUCUGGAUCCUGCUGAUAGCGGUGAUGAAUCAGACGACGAGUCCGGCGAUUCUGACGAUUCUGACGAUUCUGACGUCGAAGACGAGGCUGAGGAUGACGAGUUCACAAAAGGCCUUCUCAAUGACGAAGAAUCCAAGAACCCCGUCUUUCACGCCGCUUCUGCUGCCAAAACCUCUGCUCUUGAAAAGGGUGAUGAACAUGGCCUUCCAUUCACGUUUCCAUGCCCAGAGACUUUUGAUGCCUUGCAAGUCAUAACAUCACAAUAUCCCCAUGAGAGCACGCCUAAGAUCAUCCAGCGCGUGCGUGCACUCUACCACCCCAAACUGGAUGCUAAGAAUAAAGAGCGCCUCGGGAAUUUUGCCAAAGCCCUAGUCGACUAUGUCGCGGCACCAUGGGAUCCUGCCACGGCUCCGCCCGCAUCGGUCGUCGAGAGCGUCGUCCGUCACAUCCAUUCUCUCGCCAAGAUGUUUCCCGUCGAUAUUAGCAACCGCUUCCGUCACCAUCUCAAAGACAUCGGUGAACACCGCACUCUCACUCUGGAGCCAUCAGACCUCCUACUCCUCAGUGCAAUUGGAAGCAUAUUUCCCACCUCGGACCACUUCCAUCAGGUCGUCACACCUGCUAUGCUGACCAUCGGUCGCUAUCUUGGCCAAAAGGUUCCUAGUCAGCUCGCUGAUUAUGCCACAGGCACUUUCCUUUGCGUACUUUCUCUACGGUACCAGCAGCUCGCCAAGCGCUACGUCCCGGAGGUCGUCAACUUUGCCAUCAACACUCUCUGGGCGCUGGCUCCCGCCACCCUAUCCACCGCACAAAUAUCAACCACUAUCCCCAUACACGAAAACAGACAAAAACGCUUCAUCACAGCGACCGCCAAAACUCGCAAGCUGCGCUUUACCGACUGCAUUCCUGACGAUGUUGGUAACCCGGGCCCAUCUGCCGAGGCCGCCAUCAUCUCUGCCGCUAUCCUCGCCACGACGCUGCAGGUCCUUGAUGCCGCUGCGGAUCUGUGGACUGGCAAGCCUGCAUUUAUCGAGACCUUUGCUCCUGCUCUCCACGCCUCCAAGCAUUUGUCCUCCGCCAAGCUUUGCCGCAGCAAGAUGCCAUCGUCCGUAGCGCAACAGGCUGAAAAACUCGCCACCAAGCUUGAGCGUAUGUCGCGUCUCGCGCUUAUUGCCCGUCGCCCGCUCGAGCUGCACCAUCAUCGGCCACUGGCCAUCAAGACCUUCAUUCCCAAGUUUGAAGAGACAUUUGACCCGGACAAGCACUACGACCACGACCGGGAGCGCGCGGAGCUGGCCAAGUUGCAGAAGGAGCAUAAGCGCGAGCGCAAGGGUGCUAUGCGGGAGUUGCGCAAGGACGCCAACUUUAUGGCACGGGAGAAGCUACGCACCAAGAUUGCCAAGGACGAGGCCUACGAGAAGAAGUUUAAGCGCCUAGUCGCUGAGAUCCAGAGCGAGGAGGGUCGCGAGUCCAAUACGUACGAAAGGGAAAAGGCGGCCCGGAAACGCGCCAACAACAGAAUAAGCAACCUUAAUCCUGUUCAGCACAGUGAAUCUUGCUGGCAGUUCUUCCGUCUCAACUGUCGGCGACCGACUUUGCUUCACAGCAGACUUUUUUCUCUCUAA